GUAGUUUUCAUGCUUUGAUGACGAACCACCACGGUGUAAUACCAGCUGGCAUGGACCAAAAACUAUUUGAAGGAUUAUAGUGAAUUUUUCGUCGUAGUCAGUAUUUUAAGACAAAGAAAACAUGGGUCGUGGGUACAUUGUUGAAGAGGCUGUGGAGAGUUACCUGUCUCAGUUAUGUGAAGUAAAAUCCACUACCACCACAGGCUUGCUUAUUGGACAGAGUUCAGCUCAGAGGGAUUAUAUUGUUAUGGCUUCAAGAACACCUCCAAAGGAAGAUUCACCUGGAAACUCUUUGGAUAAAGAUUGGGUUACAGAGCAUGCCCGCCAGGUGUCCCGGAUGCUGCCUGGUGGUUUGUUUGUUUUGGGAGUUUUUAUAAUAACUGAAGUUGAUGCCAAAGACAUACAAGCAACUCUGCGACAGCUGGUAUUUUCUGUUGAAAACCUAAUCUCUUCCGAGCGAUUCUGGAGUCCAGCAGAUGACGAUGUUACAGAUUGUGUGACGUUACACAUCAACUCCAAAACAAGAAAAACUGUUUGCAGAACCUUUGAUAUUAAGGACCCAAAGAGUAUGGCAAAACCUGCUGAUUGGAAGUAUCAGUCUGCAGUGUGUUCAUCAUGGGUCACUGUGUCCUGUUGUUUAAAUGUCAAUAUCUAUUUCCCACUACCAACUGGUCCAAACACCCCAGAAAAAAUUGAGAAAUGCAUUAAGGAUGAACUUAAGAUCUGGGCACAGCAAAUAGAGAGUGGAGUGUGUUUGCUUGAUGGUAAAAAGGUUCCAGAUGAUGUUGAACUCACCACAGGACAGAGGAGGAAUGCAAAGCAAGCAUACACAGUUCAAUUGUUAAUUUCCCCGUGUGAACAGCAGUUUAGUGAUGUGGUGCAGAAGUGCGGAGGCAGUGUGUCCAUCAAGGGAGCUGUCCACUGUCGAGCUUAUGUGCACGGCAACAAACCAAAGGCCAAACUAGCUGAGAGGCUGUUAAAGAGGGAUAUUAUUUCUAUGGUGGCCACAAGGGUUCACAUGCUUCUGGAGGAGCUUAUGACAGCAGAGGGGCGAAACAACAACUUUGCAGUUGAACUCUCCAUCCCCAGACGUAUCUUCUGCCCAGUAAAGGGGAGGGGUCCAGUUUCUGUUUGUGAUUAUCAGUUCAGUGAUGAAGGACCCUUGGAGGCCACUGAGCGACUGAAGGAGAUGCUGGACCUUGAUGCAGCAGAAGAAGACAUUGACACAACUCAAGAGAUCACACCUGAAAAUAUUAACACAGAAACUAUAGAAAGCAAAGCAGAAAUUAUUGAGGAAAAGGUUGAAGACCCUGCACCUCAGAGGAACAACUACAUUGGUGUUGUCAUGGCCUCUGCAGUCGCCUUACUCGCCACUGCUGCCUCACUUCUGUACCUCACUGAUGUUUAACACACCGUCCACAAUAAAGUAAAACUAAAU